AUGACUUCUUGUUCGGUAAUACGAAAAUACGUCAGUACUACAAGUGGAAAUUACGUCAUUGAUCCCGAUGGCGAGGGUCCUCUUGCACCGUUUACAGUUUACUGUGAUAUGAAUGACAAGAGUGGAGUUGGCGUGACAGUCAUCAGUCACGACAGCGAAAGUAGAACACAUGUGAAGGGAUAUGAGAGCCCGGGCAGUUACUCACGUGAUAUUCAUUACACCGGAGCGAGUCUUUCUCAGCUGGCGAGUCUCACCAGAGUCUCGUCACACUGCGAACAGUUUAUCAGUUAUGAGUGCCGUUAUUCACAGUUCUUCAGAGGUAGUUUUGGAUGGUGGGUGUCACGGGAUUCGAUCAAAAUGAAUUACUGGGGAGGAGCGUCACCCGGCAGUGGUAAGUGCGCAUGCGGGAUGACCAGCUCAUGCCCAUACCCUGCUCAUCCGUGUAAUUGUGACAGAGAAGACGGCGUACUGCGUGAGGAUAGCGGUCUCCUUACUGACAAGACACAUCUUCCGGUUAAACAGCUGAGGUUUGGUGAUACAGGCGAUGCUCACGAGGAAGGAUAUCAUACGCUCGGAAAACUUAAGUGUUAUGGCAUACAGUAA